AUGAUUCCAGAAUUAACACCAGAAGAAUGGCUUGAAGAAGCAAUUAAAGAUAGUUUUAUUAUAAAAUAUGAGUUAAGUGAGUUUAGUGGAAUAGAAGUUGUUGGCACGGGCGCAACUGGCUUGGUUCACCGAGCCUUCUUAAGAAAAUUACAAAAUCAUGUUGCUUUAAAAUCUUUUGAAUUUUCAAAGAAAUUUACUAAUAAAGAAUUUGUAAAUGAGGUAAACUUCGUUUCUACAAAUAAACAUUACCGUGAAACACCAGUAAAAGGAUCACCUAGAAAAUAUGUACAACUAUAUCAAAGAUGUUGGGAAAAUGAUCCCAAGAACCGACCAGAUGCCAAGAAAGUUUUAGAUACACUGAUAAAUUUUACUGAACAAGAUUAUGAAGAUGUUAUAGAUUCUUGUCGAGCCCCAUCAACUUAUAAGCAUUUAGAAUUAAGCUCAAUAAAAUUUGAUGAUGAAUUAACUGAUCGACUCCCAUAUCCAAUUUAUGCUGAAAAUACAGGGAUACUAUCAGAUAAUUCACCAACACCAUCAAUAACCCUUUCAUCCCCCCGAAAAUCAUUGUCAUCGUUUUCUUCAGAUGAAAGUGAAUCACUAAGAUCACCAGUACCAGAUAAUAAUAAUAUUGGACAUAUCAACAAUUUUCCAACUUUAUAUCCUUAUGAUGAUGGACAGUUCAAUAUGAAUGAUUUUAUAGAUCAAAUGAAAUAUGAAGCAAGAAGAUUUAAUAAUAUGUUAUUAAACAGAUUUAUUUAUCUAACAACUAUUAAAGAAGAUGUUGGAAUAAUUAUUGAGGAUUUAAAAAAAACUAUGUUAUUAACACGUCGAAAUCCAGAAUUGGUGUAUAAAAGUUUACAAGAAGAUUUUUCAAGAUAUUCAUGUUUAAUUGGGUUUUUUGAUGAAUUUGGUAUAGGAACAGAAAUUAAUGAAUUAAAAGCAUUAAGAAUAUACUUGCAAGAAUCACAAAGUCAUGAACCAAUUAGUGUUAUUCCACAAUUAUAUUUAGUAAGAUUUCUUGAAAAAAAUUCACAUGAUGAAGAAGGGAACAAAGAUCAAAAUGUUAAACCACAAUCACAAUGGUUUGCAAGAAUAACAUUAUUAAUGUAUGGCGAUGCAUAUUUAGAAUAUGCUAAACAGCUAGAUAAAAGAAAAAUAUUUGGAUUAUUUGAAGAGUUUGCAAAGAAAGGUAACAAUUGGGGAUUAUAUAGUGUUGCCUGGUGUUACUUGAGAGGAAUUGGCGUAGAUAAAAAUGAAAAAGAGGCUUUAAGGAUUUUCUUAGAAGCUGCUUAUAAGCAAAAUUCUCUUUCUCAAUUUCAACUUUCAAUGCUUUAUGCAAAAGGAAUUGGAACUAAUGUUAAUAUACCAGAAGCUGAAAAAUGGAUUAAACAAGCAGAAGAACAAAACGAUCCCAUCUCAACACCUUAUAUUCAAAAAUUUAUUAGUGUAAUAUCUAAUAAUAACUAG